AUGAGAAAAGUAUUUCAGAUCUCCAUCUCAUUAGCAUUUAUUUUUUUCUUUUGGUACUUCUUUCGAGCAAGGGCAAUUAAUUUUGACCCAAGCAUCCCUGAUACCCAAAAGGUUCUAACCUACGAACGUGUGAUUUCGAUUCAUCAAAAAGAUGGAAAGGACUACUGUAGUAACAGCAAGGGUUACUGUAGACGCCCGGAGACCCGACACGUGAAUUGUCACGCUGCUUUAAGAGGGGAUAAGGAGUACCUCUCUACGGUCACAGGACCCAACCGUAUCCCAGUGGUGCCUAACCCGUAUCUCAAUAUGUCAUGCGCCCAAAUUUCUGACCGCGUUCUCCCAAAGUACAACAUGAAUCCGUUGAAACUUGGAGGGAUAGCAUUUGCUCGGAAUGUUUUCACCGAUUAUGAGUUUAUUGAAAAGCAAAUUCAGAUGACGUGGCAUCCAGAUAAUCGAUAUUGUUUUGUGGUUGAUAAGCUGGCGGAUAGAAACUUUAUAGAAAAGAUGAAGCAGCUGGUGGGAUGUUUCGACGACCAGAUGGUUAUGAUGCCAGUGGAAAUCCAUAUGACUAGCGCAGGUCAUAACCAAAAUCUGGCACAUACUCAAUGUAUGCAGGCACUGCUACAGUACCCCAAUUGGGGAUAUCUACUUCUCCUACAGAACUAUGACAUUAUCACCAAGACUGUGUACGAGAUGGAUAGAGUGUUUGAUCUACUCGGUGGCGCCAACGAUAUGCAGAUCAAGAAGGAGAAUCUGUAUUUCCGAGUGAAAGGACUGAAGUGGGACCCGAUUUCCUUAAAGCUGUUCAAAAACACUUCUGGAAUACCUGACCACGUACUUCAGACCCCACUUAUCACCUCAUCCGGCGGAGUUGAGGCAACAUUAUCCCGGGAAGCUGUGAGGUGGCUUAUAGAGACAGUGGAUUUGACGGUAUCGAUUGAUCAGCGGAAUCAGUCGAACUACGGAGGCGACGAGCAAUUCAUCUCCACUUUCCAUAUCAAUCAUCAACUCGGCAUGCCCGGACAUUUUACCACGUCAUGUAUGGAUUACGCACCGAUCCCUCAGAUUACUAAACAGACCGUGUGGGGAACGCCUAGAAGCGUGUGGUGCCGUACAAUGACUCAUCGUCAUGGCACGUGUCUCUAUGGGAUCGAGGACCUGCAGCCGAUGGCAGAGCUACCGUAUCUCCUAUGGAAUAAAGUUUAUCCGCAAUUUGAUCAAGCUGUGGUCGACUGUACUGCUGAGCUGAUUUAUAAUAGAACAUUUUUGGGACAAGUUGAUCAUGAGCUGGAGGAGGACUACUACAGUAACCUGGUUACGGUCAAAUACCAUAAAGAUCACAAAAAACCGGGAUUCGUGUUGAACUGCAAACCGACUCAAAAGCUCCGGAAUUAUGAGGAUUAUCUAUAA